UGCUGUCAUAGUUGAAACUUGGAUCCACUUUCAGUCAAAUCCAACCAUGUUUUUCUGUACAUGUCUCAAUUCUAUCCCCUUUGCCUGUGCUUGUGCAUAUGCAUUGUCUUUUGACCCAUUAUAAAAGGCCUCAGGUAGGGCAAGGUGCUACCUAAGUGCGGGAAUCAGUUGGCCAUUUGUGUAAGUCUUCAUCUGGGCAGGGCAUGGCCUUCAAUUGGUUGUGCAUUUGCAUCUCUGUUUCCUGAUGGCCUGCAUCCUUUUCUCCUUCUUCUUUAAAUUUGGUUGCUUUAGAUUGUAGUGUAAUGAUAGCAUGAUUAUAUUGGACUUUUUUCCACUUAGCUUUAUGCUGAUGGAGAUUCACUUGGCCAUGUAUCUGGCCUUUUUGUCUGGUUGUGAUUUAGCCAUUGAUCACAAUUUAAAUCUGAGAUAUUUGCCCUGCAUGGCAUGUCGUUCUGCAUACAGAGAACUUGGCAGUUGUAGUGCUUUAAUGUAGUUUUAUGCCGUUUACAUAUAUGUUCCCUGGGUAAUAUCUUUGCCUAUGUCAUGCAGAUUUUGCCACUAUUUAACAAGCAUAAGGUGGUACAUUUCAAUAAGACAGAUGCUCGUUUGGAAAACAAUGGAAUUUCACUAGAUCUUCAGAGGCUCAGAUGUUGAGUCAACUUUCAGGCUUUAAAAUUUACUCCUCAGAUCGAGGCUCUGGGGAACAAAUUAGUCCACCUCCUUCGAGAUAAGGGGCCUUUCAUGGCUUUGCAUCUGAGAUAUGAGAUGGAUAUGUUGGCUUUCUCUGGAUGCACCCAAGGUUGUACAGCAGAAGAAGCUGAAGAGCUCAAGCGAAUGAGGUAUGCAUUCCCCUAGUGGAGGGAGAAAGAGAUUGUAUCUGAGGAAAGGAGAUCACAAGGUCUGUGUCCUCCGACUCCGGAAGAGACAUCAUUAGUUUUACAGGCACUAGGUUUUGACAAAGACAUGCAGAUUAACAUCGCAUCUGGAGAAAUCUAUGGCAGCGAACGGAGAUUAGCCACAUUGAGGGCUGCAUAUCCACAGAUUGUUAAAAAGGAGAUGCUGCUGGAUCCAAAGGAGUUGCAGCAGUUCCAUAAUCACUCGUCACAAAUGGCAGCUCUAGAUUUUAUGGUAUCAAUAGCCAGCAAUACUUUCAUCCCCACAUAUGAUGGAAAUAUGGCAAAACUUGUGGAAGGUCACUGCAGAUAUCUUGGAUUUAAGAGAACCGUUCUCUUAGAUCAUAAAAAGCUUGUGGUGUUACUGGAUUUGUAUCAGAAUGGUACACCUUCCAAUGAUUUUGAAGUUGCUGUACGUCUGGCGCAUGAGAAGAAGAUGGGAUAGCCAAGUCAUCGUAGAGUUAUUGUCGAUAAGCCCAAGGAGGAGGAUUACUUCUAUGCAAAUACUCUGGAGUGCCUUUGCGAGCAACGCGACUGUGAUGAUUUGCUAGGCCCGGGCAAGAGGAACUUCAGUGAAGUCUCUAGUUGAUUGCCGGCAAUGAUCAACUAUUGUCAUCUGAACAUGUUCCGUACAAUAUGUUCACGGGCUUGGGAUUCAAGUUGAUCUCUACAAAAGUUGCAGUGCACGGCAUAGCUGCAUUAGUUUUCCUUACAAUUAGAUAUGAAGACACUCUCUGAGUUUGUUGCGCGAGCUGCUCUGCUUUCAUCAUCGUGAAUGGUUUUUUGUUUGACCAUGAUAAGCAAAUGCCCGAGAGCCUAACAAGCAGCAGCCAGCAAAGAAUUAUUGUCUUCCUUCUGGGGCAACUACAAAGAUAAAUUCAUCAUUUUUUCUUGUCCAUAGUUAACAAUUGUAAUUUGUUGAGAAGUCCCUGAAAGUGAGAGUGUAAAUAUUGCGCUUUUUGUGAUAACACAGAAUGAAAGCUUAUUUGG